GCUGCGCCUUCAGACGCUCCGGAGCCGGGCCAUGCUGGGGAGGCGGCGGGUCUUCACCCUACAGCCGCUUGGUCGCCAGGAUGGUGGUUGUGAGGAGCUUCUGGGUGGCUGUGUGGUGCUUGGUGCUAAGAACAUUUAUCUUCGUGUUCAUGACAUGCCCAGGGUAGGCUCCGCUGAGCCCCAGGAUGGUGACUGCAUGGUGACAGGCUCCAGGGAACAGGCUUCAAGGGACUCUGGGGUGGAAAUGGGGGGAGGGGAAAGUCCUUCCACUACCCCUCCUGGCUUCAAUCUGGACUCUUCAAGCUUGGAGCUGGGUGGGGGGCCCAAGCCGGCCCCUGUCACUAUGGAACCCCCUGCAAACCUGGACAGGUUCCUGGCUAGCCAGAAACUAGAGCAGGUGGUGGCGAGGUCCCGCUGGCCUCGAUCUUCGUCUACUGUGACACCCACGUAUCUGAAGCGGAAUGAGCAGGGACCUGAGGUGUCUCCAGAAAUAACUGGAUAUCGGAGCGGCACCGAGGCAGAGGUUGGCUCCCAGCUGAGCCCAGCAGAAUCUCUGGUAGUGGGCUCUGAGUCCAAUGCCUGGGCUUGCCUCCCAGGUCAGGGGCUGCGAUACUUGGAGCACCUGUGCUUGAUGCUGGAGCGAAUGGCCCUGCUCCAACAGCUUCAUCUGCAGCUCCAGGAGCAGUACCAGCAGAUGCCAACUGGCCUGGAAGAGAAGAUUGAGAACUCAGUUCUUGCUCCUUUUCACCCUCGAUUCUCUUCCAUGCUGGGGCUUCAGGAAUUUCAGAAUCCAGUGGAAAAGACAGUGGAAGAGUCAGCCCUGCCUCGACGGGCAGAGGUGCACAGUAUGAGCACACCAGAUUUGCUGGAGGGACCAUCGGGGGCUAUCCACACAAUCCCAUCCUACCGAGGGCACAGGAAAACUCUAUCCCAUUGGAACAAAGUCAAAGCUUUGCUCAACAGGAUCCGAUGGAAGAGCCCUCAUGCCUCUGAAUCUUCUCUUGCUCAAGAUCCCUCUGCCCCCAGGAGAGAUUCAGAGGAACUACCGGAAGGUCCCCUGCGUUACCCCCAACGUAGGACCUUCCUGCCAAGUUUGGUGGCAAAGAAGCAUCGAGCCAAGAACUUCUCAGUCUGCUGAACCGUCCUACACGCCAAAGUCCUUUCUUCUCUGUGUCUGGCACAUCAUGGGUAGGGCAGCAUCCCUUCAAUGCAACAGCCUUUACCUGGGCUUACUCUGUUCCUUACCAUGACUAGUAGCUUGGAGUGGGCUCCAUGAUGUGAGAGCUGGAUCUCUCCCCUUCAAGAUCUCUGGAAUAUGGAGCUUUUGGAUCUCAGGGAGCCAUAAUUCAUUCCAUCAAUCCUCCACUGAUCAAAACCCUUCUAUAACUUGGUAUACCUGCUUCCUUGAGUUGCUGCAGUUGAAAAAUUUCAUUGCCCUGUGACCAAGGUAUUGAUGAGUCUCUUUGAGCUUGGACAUCAGACACACAGUCCAUCACUAGGCCUGUCCUUGAAGCCUUUCUAGCUUGCUAAGACUGACCAGAUCUUGGGCUCCACUUCCAGUCUUCAAGAUUCAAAGGUCAAGGAUCAAGGUCAGGGUGAAGGGCUGGAGGAGGACUGCAGUGGAGGUGGGGUUCUAUGGACUGAAGUGUCUCCUGCUAAAGUCUUUCUGUCCUAGCUCUUGCCCAUUGUCAGAAAUCCUUAGGAUUGUAUUAUGGGAACUAACUUAUUUGUUGUGCCUUUGUGUGAAGCAUGUGUGGUGAUUUGACCCCACAGGCCCUGUGCAUCCUGUUGUAGAUGUAUAUUUAUAUGUAAUUAUAUGUAGACGUGUUUAUAAUAUAUACAGGUGUCAGUGUGAGCUGGCUGUUAUACCAGCCCCUGCCUUCCCGUGGGGGUUGGUUAGAUGUUUGAUUUUUGAGGUGGGAGAAGAAAGGGAGCAUUCCUUCACUGCUCUGGAGAGACCAUACCUCGAUUCAACUCAACAUACACUUAUUGAGUGCUCACUCUAUGGAACCUUGGAUCCUUGACCUGUCCUGUUCAGCACAGCCAUCUCCAGGGUGGGGACCCUUCAAGUCAGUGCAUCACAGCUGUCUUUGGAUCUCUUGUUAGUUGAAGAUACUUCCAAGAGGCUCACUUCAGAAUGGGGUGAGAACAUGGAUAGAAAGGCACAGUAGAGGCAGGGUGGUACAGUUGGAGGUGGAGGGUAAGGACCUGGGUUCAUUUAUUACCAUUUUGAUCAUGGACAAGACCCUCUCUGGGUUAUCAUUUUAUUUAUCUUUAACAUGAGAGGGAUUGAUUGAACUAGGUUUCACAGAACAAGUCCCCUUAAUAAAAGGAUUUGUUCUGUGAAGUUUGGAUUCAGAGGGCCACAUGUGGCCUCCAGGCCCCACCCCUGAAGUAGAUGAUUUCAGAGAUCCCUUUCAUUUCUAGAUUUAUAAACCUAAUAAAGGGAGUGGUGUGUAGUGGGUGUGGGAACUCUGGAAGAGAGAGGAAGAUGUGUGACAGAGAAGGACGAUGGGACUUCCUGGGGUGUAAGAGGGUAGUAAUGUUUUCAUGUGUUUUGUAGUGUGUUACAGUUUGCAAAGUGAAGGUUGACAGCUGUGUGUGCUAGGAUGGGGUGGUGAUGGGUAGAUAGGACUGUGGUUGAAGGGAGGUCAGAGGUUUUGGUGUUGGGGCAGCACAGGGUAGGGAAAGUUCCUGGCCAUAUGCCCCUAGGCGAGUCACUUCCCCUCUGCCAGCCUCAGUUUCACAUCUGGGGGAUGAACAUAACAAUGCUCACUGUACUGUGAGGAUAGUCUUUGUUAACUAACUGUAGGACAUUGCAGGAAAGAGGAGCAAGAGUUAAUGGUAACUUUGGUUGAAGACACUCAGAAACUGACUUUGGGGAGCUUUGGGGUGUGUAGCUCUUGGAAGUCGAAUAGGCGGCUGCAGUGCCCUCUGAGGUGUCUUCUAGGAUGGCAAGGGGAAAAUGGUGGGCUUGGUCUGGGGUUAGGGUGCUUCUUUUACAUAGGAA